AUGGAGAUCUCCUCCCAUCAGUCUCAGCUCUUGCAACAGCUAAAUGAGCAGCGCCGGCAGGACGUGUUUUGUGAUUGCAGCAUUCUCGUGGAAGGGAAGGUCUUCAAAGCUCAUCGAAAUGUGUUAUUUGCUAGUAGUGGCUACUUUAAAAUGCUUCUUUCUCAGAACUCAAAGGAGACAAGCCAGCCGACCACAGCGACGUUCCAGGCUUUCUCCCCUGACACCUUUACCGUCAUCUUAGACUUCGUUUACUCCGGCAAGCUCUCUCUGACCGGUCAGAAUGUCAUCGAGGUGAUGUCGGCUGCGAGCUUCCUUCAGAUGACCGAUGUCAUCAGUGUAUGUAAGACCUUCAUUAAAUCCUCAUUAGACAUUAGUGAGAAAGAAAAAGAUCGCUAUUUCAGUCUCUCCGAUAGAGAUGCCCAUUCUAAUGGUGUAGAACGUUCCUCUUUUUAUAGCGGUGGCUGGCCAGAAGGAAGCAGUUCUCCGCGUUCUCACCUAAGCCCAGACCAAGGAACAGGUGUGAUAAGCGGGAAACCUUGGAGUAAGUAUAAUUACCAUCCAGCUUCCCAAAGGAAUCCUCAGCAAUCCUUGGCCAAGCAUGAACCAAGGAAAGAUCUCAUUAAAAAGCCCAGACAUCUGAGAUUGUCACAGCCUUCUGAAAUUGCUCAUUAUAAGUCAAGCAAGCCAGAAGCACAAACAUCUGAUUCGCCCAGCCACGUUUCCCAAUCUGAAGAACAAGCACAACUUGAUGCUGAAAUGGACUCUCCUGCUGUUGGCUAUCCGUAUGGUCAAGGCUCUGAUGUCACAUCAAGAAGUUUCCCAGAUGAUUUGCUCGGGAUGAGAUUCAAGUGCCCGUACUGCACACACGUGGUGAAGCGGAAAGCCGACCUGAAGCGCCACCUUCGCUGUCACACAGGAGAACGGCCCUACCCAUGCCAAGCUUGUGGGAAAAGAUUUAGCAGGCUAGACCACCUCAGUAGCCAUUUUCGAACAAUUCACCAGGCAUGCAAACUAAUCUGCAGGAAAUGCAAACGCCAUGUGACUGAUUUAACAGGCCAAGUGGUCCAGGAAGGAACCCGGCGCUACAGACUCUGUAACGAGUGCCUUGCUGAGGUUGGCAUAGACAGCCUCCCCAUUGAUCUGGAAGCCGAACAGCAUCUUAUGUCCCCAUCAGAUGGCGAUAAGGAUUCCAGGUGGCACUUGAGUGAAAAUGAGAAUAAAUCAUACGUGGAGAUUGUAGAGGAUGGGUCUGCUGAUCUGGUCAUACAACAAGUUGAUGAUAGUGAAGAAGAAGAAGAAGAAAAGGAGAUAAAGCCCAACAUUAGGUAG